AUGAGUAAACAAGACGAGGAAUCAAAAUUAUAAUUAAUAGAAUCCGCUUUUGAAUGCAAUAUAUGUUUAGAGAUAGCUACAGAACCAAUCCUUACAAAUUGUGGACAUCUAUUUUGUUGGCCUUGCAUCUAUAGUUGGCUCAAUUCAAAUCAAGAAUUUCUAACUUGCCCUGUUUGUAAGAAUGGUUGCUCUAAGAAUUCUCUAAUUCCAUUGUAUUCGAAGGAUGAAGCAAAAACUAAUAAACCACGCGAUCCUAAUAUUCCUCCUAGACCUAAACCAGGUAGAAAUGAUCCUGUUAGAAACAACAACCAAAUUGGUUAAAAUAACUUAGCCAAUGGAGCCAUGAUUGCAGGGUAUGGAUUGUUUCCAUCUCUAUUUAAUUUAAUUUGUAUUAAAGAUGGAGAUAUAGAAAAAGAUGAAAGGCAUGAAAAUGAAGCGACUGUUGAAAUCGAAAAUGUGAGAAAAUUAAAGGCUAUUUAGUUUUUGUUGAUUUUAUGCUUAAUUAUGAUGAUUGUAUUCUACUUUUGA